AUGCGUCGCAAAUUACCUCUACGUCAUCAGAAGAACCGUGCAGAAGUUCCCGAGCAUCUCAAGUACCACCUCAAGAACCCUCUCCAGAACCUCACCAGAACCUCUCCAAAGCCUUCAGCAGAGACAGGACAGGGAACAAUGGGUGACGUUGCCAAAGGAAAGAAGGCCUUUGUACAAAAGUGUGCUCAGUGUCACUCUGUAGAAGAAGGAGGCAAGCACAAAGUCGGCCCCAACCUGUGGGGGCUGUUCGGCCGCAAGACUGGCCAGGCAGAGGGGUACUCCUACACAGAUGCCAACAAGAGCAAAGGUAUCAUCUGGAACGACGACACCCUGAUGGAAUACUUGGAGAACCCCAAGAAAUAUAUUCCUGGAACCAAAAUGAUUUUUGCUGGUAUCAAGAAGAAGGGCGAGCGACAGGAUGUUGUUGCAUACCUGAAGUCAGCAACCUCAUAA